AUGUCGAGGUACCUGCCGCCAUCAGGGCGCCCAGGCCCUCCCCUGGGGGACAGCGGACCCGCACUGACCGCUUCCCGGCCCGCAGGUGUGAAGACCCCCUUGUGGAAGAAGGAACUGGGGGAGACCGUGGCCAGGAAGGCGGAGCGCGAGGAAGACCUGGAGCGUUCGGGGGAGGAAGAAGAGGAGGAGGAGGAGGAGGAAGAUGAGGAGGAUGAGGAGGAGCCGAGGCCAGGCGCGCCGGGCGCCGCGCAGGACGAGGCGGGGGCGCGCGAGGCCCGCGAGCGCAGCUCGGUGUCCUACUGCCCUCUGCGCCAGGAGCCCAGCACGCAGCAGGCGGCGCUGCUGCGGCGCGCCGACCUCGGCUUCUGGAGCUGGCUCAGCCCCUGGGCGCUGCUCGCCAGCCUGGCGGCCCCCGCCGACAGGAAGCGGAGCCCCCCGGAGGAGCCGUGCGUGCUGGAGACCCGGCGGGGGCGGCCGCGCCACGGGGGCUGCGCGCGCUGCGAGAUCCUGUUUUGCAAGAAAUGCCAGGGUCUGCACUGCCAUCCGGCCUACAUAGCCCACUCUGUCCUGGAGCACCCAGAUCUGGUAUUGCCUCCUCGAAGGAACUUCACCUUCAACAGAAGAAACACAAUUCCCAAGGCCGAGGGAGGAGAGAAGCCUCUGGGGAAAGGGACUCUUUUGGUUUCUCCUGAGACACCAGGCUCUCCAGGGAACACAUGUGUUCUGCUAACUUCCCACUGUUGCCUCCAGAGAGGCUGA